AUGUCUGUGCGCGCACAAUUCGAGAACUCCAACGAGGUCGGCGUCUUCGCGACACUCACCAAUUCUUAUGCUCUGACUGCCGUCGGCGCGAGCGAAAACUUUUACAGCGUCUUCGAGGCUGAACUUCAAGAUGUCAUUCCUAUCUGCCGAACUACAAUCGCCGGCACGCGCAUCAUCGGCCGGUUAACAGCGGGGAAUCGUAAGGGUCUUCUCGUGCCCACUUCUACUACCGAUCAAGAACUGCAACAUCUGCGCAAUUCCUUACCUGACGAGAUCAAUAUCCAAAGAAUAGAGGAACGUCUAUCCGCCUUAGGCAAUGUUAUCGUCUCGAACGAUCACAUAGCUCUAGUCCAUCCGGAUCUGGAGCGCGAGACGGAGGAGAUUAUUUCAGAUGUUCUAGGUGUGGAGGUUUUCCGGCAGACGAUUGCGGACAACGUGCUUGUCGGAAGCUACAUGAGCUUGAGUAAUCAGGGCGGUUUAGUGCACCCUAAGACCAGUAUCCAAGAUCAGGACGAGCUGAGCAGUCUUCUGCAAGUACCGCUCGUUGCGGGCAGCGUGAACCGAGGCAGCAACGUGGUCGGCGCUGGUAUGGUGGUUAACGACUGGUUGGCGGUGACGGGAUUAGAUACGACGGCGACGGAGCUUAGUGUCAUCGAGAGUGUCUUCAGACUAGGCGAGGGCGCUGCGCCGGGCAAUGUCGGUGGCAAACUGAAGGACACCAUGGUGGAGAGUUUCUACUGA